AUGGCAUCAAUGGAUCGCAUGAAGGACCAGCUGCGCCAGUUUGAGGUUCUCAGGAUCGAGCAUGAGCUGCUCCGAGAGACGUCGACCGAAGCUUACGACCGCCUUCAAGAUUACGCCGCUCGGCUGGAGCGACGGAUCGAGGGCCGCGUGAUUGAUGGCGAGCUGGACGGAUCCGUCCUCCGGAUCGCUCAAGACUUGAGUGAACUUCAAGCGCGGCUCAAGGACCGGUUGACGCACGCGCAGAAAGUGGAGGCGUCCAACCAGCAGCUUCGGGAGGAUCUGCGUGCCAUGACUGGUGGGGACUCCGUCGACCACUCGCUCCGGUUGGAGAUCCAUGUGCGGGGUGAGCGGAUCCACGAGUUGGACGGGCUUCUCGAUCGCGUCGCCGCGCACCUGGACCGACUCCAGGAGGAUCUUCAAGCUGCCAACCGCCGGGCCGACCUGACCGCCGCGGCGGUGGAGCGAGCUAACGAGGCUGCGAGUAGACACCAUGAUGUUGUCCGCGACACGCAGCGCCACGCCCGGGAUCUUGAGGAUCAGUUGGGCCAACUUCGCCAAGCCCGGGCCCAGCACGCGCGAGAGUAUCAGGUGCUCUCAUCUGAUUCCCGCCGGUCGCAGAAACGAUUGACGCAAGCUCAUGCGCGGGUGGCUACGCUUGGGCCGUUGCAAAGCGAGAACAGCGCGCUUCGCGAGGAGCUACUUAGAAGGGUCCUACCAGGCGACCUACACCUCGGUCGCGAACCCCUUGUUAAUAUAUAG